AUGCGACUCCUCUUCUCGACCUUUGCCGGCCUGGCCAUCUUGACAUCCCUUGUCUCGGCAACGGGAUGCAACCAAUGUCUGAAACAGAGCGAAGACGAUGUCCGACUCGGUUGCUUUCAAAAAUGCACCGACGCCUUCAAUCCAGGCAGUCAGGAACACUUUAUUUGCCGUGAGCAAUGCACCGAGUUUGUCUUCAGUGAUCAUUGCUGUACCUCCUCCUGCAGUAAAUCUUCGGGUAUCUGCCUCAAUAGCUACUUUCAUCGCGUCGGUCUUUCGAAGAGAGAUCCAUUCGAAGAGGAAUCUUUCUAUCGAUCUCAGCUCAACCGAAUCCGGGAGGACCCCGACUUGCUCGAUGAACGAGCUUUGCUUGCGGGCGACGCUCCGUAUCAUCUGAUUCGAAGCACGGAAGAAUUACAGUCUUUGAAUCACCCACGAUUAAAUGGGACCGUGGUCCACGACGUGAGCGAGAUCGACCGUACGGGAACUCUCGAUCGUCGUGUUGACCACGGGAAAGUGUGUUGUUUAGCUGCCAGGACUGUUCUGAAUGCUGGUGCGCUACAAGUGGCACCUGCUUUGCAAAAGCAGGAGCCCUGGAAUGAGGAUGAGUAUGCGGGGUUGGUAUUGGUGAGCUUUGGUGUUGCAGGGGCAUAUGCAUGCAACAUAGUAUACAAUGUACAAUGUGUCUUUUUCAAUGCCCGGCCAGCUCCGGAUGAAUGA